AUGUCCUACUCCCUCUUUGUGCCUCUUUCUCUGAGUCUUUCUGACGAUGCACCAGAUGAUGAAAUUCCACCAUGUAAAGUUUGUAAAGGCAUGAAAAGGUUGAAAAUUAAAAAACAAUUAUUGGAAGCCAAAAGUCGGAUGGGAGAAAUUACUCAAGUUUCCAUUCCAAGUGAUUGGAACAAAAUAGUAGGACUAGGAGACGAGCAAGAAGGUUCUAGCUAUGAUAAUGUAGAACAUUUAAAUCAAGUACUUCUCACACAAGAAGAACUCCAACCAAAAGAAGGAGAACAAUUGUGUGGUCUUGUUGGAGGAUGGAGAAUAUUCCAAAAGAAAGGAGGACAUCGUUGGACUACUGAUGAUAUUGUUACAGCUUGGGCAGCAUGUACUGCAGUGAAAACUAUUUUACCUCUCAUUAGGAAAUUUAACAGAGAAAAUCAACCAUCAUCAUCAUCUUCAUCGUCUACUGAUAUUUCAAUCGAGGAAGAAGAUGCUGAUAUCAAAUGGGAAGAUUUGAUUUCAAAUUAUUUAGAUAUCGGAUGUGGAAAUGGUUCUGUUCUAAUGAUGGUAGCUCGGAAUAUGCCACUCACAACCAAAUGCAUUGGAGUUGAGGCAAGAAGUGAAGCUGUCUCUCUCGCCCGUAGGAGCAUUGCUUUCAAUUGUGGAUUGGAUUCAACUCGUAUUCAGGUGAGAAAUAGAGAUUUUCGAGAAAUUAAUUCCAAUACCAUGAUGAAUGUAUUACCUGAAGGAAGUGGUUUUUUCGAUCUAGUAACAGGCACCCCUCCUUACUUUAGAGUAAAUUUCAAACAUAAUAGCAACAAGGUGGAAGAAGCAUUAAUAAGACAAGGUGGUAUGCCUUCUAAUAAGGACUCUUGUCCUGCAAGAUGUGAAUUCAGAGGAGGAAUAGAGGCCUACUGCCAAGCUGCGUCUGUUGCCAUGAAACCAAUGAGUGGUGUGUUUGUGAUGAUUGACUUUGAAAUGUGUCAACAUUUGAGAAGAAAAAUCAUGUUUGCCCGCUGUAACAAUUAUUGUAGAUCAAUUGUAGUUUCUCGUAGAAAUUCAGAGUUUCCCUCUCCCUUUGGAUACUAUGGUGGUUUUGUAUUUAGAGUUUUGAACUACUUCAUAACGUUUGGCGUUGAUACUCUUAGUGCUCCCUAUUAUUUUACUAUUGCACUGUCAUCAGUCAUCAUAUUACUUUACUCAUGCUUCCCACUCUUGGUUGUUUACACUCACAAAAAACUCUAUGGAAGCGCCAAGAAACGACUCAAUUCUUUUGUGGGCAUAUUUUCCUUCCUUGUUCUUGUUUUUGCUCCUUUCAGUAUCUUUGUAAUGACUAGUUUUAUUGAUUGUGAUUUGAAAACAACAAUAAGUGUGGAUGGUUUUGAUGUAUAUCCACUGAUCAGGUUUCCAACCUAUGCAUGCUACGAUUCAAGCAAUGUCAUUCUCAUUGUAAUUAACUAUAUAGGAAUGGCCAUCUUGUUGGGAAGUUCUUUGAUGGCUGUACAUAUUCUUCCAAUGGGUAAUCCAGAAUCUUCCAUACCCUUUCUUUCUGAAAACCAAUUCACAUUGAUGGGAAUUAUUGGAAACACCAUUUUUAGAAUUGGUAUUGUUUUUGCAAUUCCAUAUUAUCUACUUUAUUUGAGAGCUAUUGUACACGCAGUAUUUUCAAUUGUUUCAAUAGUCUAUCUUUUUUUUGGAGUGCCAUUCUUUAAAAGAUAUGAAAACUCUGUUUAUUCUGCAGUAUUAUUUGGUUCAUUUGGAUCAAGUAUUGGAGUUUUGAUUAGCUGCCUUGUAAAUACUUCAAACGAUAAUAAUUUGGGAGCUGGAAUGCUUGGUCUGGUAUUUGGAUUAACAAUAAUUUUCAUGUCAAUUGGAUAUAUUGUUAUGGAAAUUUACACAAGAUUAAUGGUACAUAAAAUUAGAAAGAUUUUCCACCAAUUCUUGAACCAAACAACAGACUCCAUGUCAGAGGAUGAUGGCUUGACAAGCAUAAUGGAAAGAUACUGUGCUGAGAUAUUUUCGACCAUUUCAAACACAUCACUAACAGCAUUCAGAAUGUAUAUGCAAUUCAAUAUCAAGAAAAAGGUUGGCUAUGCUGUUAACGAAAGAACGGAUAGCAAUAUCAUUUUGGUAUUCAUCAAGACAUAUGCUCCCAAGAAGAAUUUCGAUUCACCAAUCCUAUUAUUGUACUCUUCCUUAUUUAUUUCUCAUCAAUGGACUGAUCCUAAUAGGUAUUCCUUUGCACUUUAUCUAUUGAAGAGAACUGAGAAGAAUCAUAACAAUAAUUAUUUUGUAAAACUUUCAGUCUUGUGCAGAUGUAGAGAUAUGGAAAUGCAUAUUGACAAGUCACAUAAUGGAAGAGGAAAUUUGGAAGUGAAAGCACUUUUGGAUAAACUGGAACAAAAGCAAGAGGAAUUGAAGAAUGUACAUAGAGCAUUUUGGAAAGAAAUGACAGCAGAACGUCCUAAAGAGGAGAAAAUCUACACUAUCAAUGCUAUUUCAGCAGAAAUUAUGACAUACUGUGAUGAAUCCUAUGAGCACUUACUAGCAAACUUUCCUCAUGAUAAAACAGUGAUAAGAUACUAUGCUAAUUAUGUUGAAAAUAUCAAGUUGGAUAAGGAACUAUCUACUGGACUCUUUGAAGAAGCACAAGUUUUAGAAGAGGAAGAAUCUAAAAACUCGAGAACUUCAACCUAUCUCUUCAACACCUCAAGAAAGGGAUCCAAAUUCAAAACCAACCGAGUAGCUCCAGCAAAUUCUCACAGUUUUUCAGACAAUUUGAGAACCAGUGAAAAUAGUCUUACAUCUUUUACCCAAAGAAGACCAUCAUCUCCUACAAAUCACACCAUUACUCCGGAAUUGAGUGUUAUCGACAAACAAAUACUCGAAGAUUCAGAUGAUUUUCGUGGGGUAGAAGAAGAAUUAACUCCACAACAACUUCACUACCGUCGGGCUGCUGUCUUUAGAAAUGCUUUAAACACUCCAUAUGAAUCCUCUAUUAGAAAAUCUAUUUUCAUAGGACUUGCUGUACUCUCAGUUCUUUUAUUGGCUGCUAUUUUUUCUGUCUCUGUUUAUUAUGAUAUUGAAGUUACGAAAACAUAUUUGGUAAAAUCCAGCUGUCUUACUAUGAGUUCACCUGGUGCAAUGCUUCGAGAUAUUAGAUUGAUGCAAAUUCUAACUGAAACAUAUGGAAAUUUGAAAUGGAAAAUACCUGAAAAUGGAACCGUAGAGUACCAAGAAUUACAGACCUAUAUGAGCUAUUAUACCAAAGCUUUUACUUUCCAACAACAAAAUUUAUUGAACCUUCAAGCUGUUUCACAAUCAGGAUCUUUUUCUGAAAGAAUGUAUCAGGACUAUACAGUUGAGGACAAGACCAUAAUGGUACCAAUUUCUAACGAUACAUCUUCAAACACACUUCUAGAAUAUACAAACACAUUCAAAAAAACAACAUCAGUCAGAGAAAUUACUCAAGAAUUAUUAACCCAUGCCAAUUCUGUUCUAGAAUUACAAAUAGACUAUAACAAAUCUCUAAAUAGUUAUCCAUUCAUGUACAUUUUUCAAAAUAGAAAGUAUGCAGCUGAUGCUUUUUACACCUUUUGCAAAGCAUUUCAAGAAAGUGAAAAAAUUCACAUUCAAGAAUCUAGAGAUAUCCUAGGCCAAAUUCUGCUUGGAUGCUCUGUUGGAUUUUCUACUAUAAUUCUAAUUAGUAUCUCAAUUUCAAGAUUAGAAAUGGAAAAAUCUUCAAUUAUAUUUAAACUAUAUAAAACCAUUUCGAAGGAUAUUAUUGGAGUUAUUUUUCAAGAGUUGGAUAAGAAACAUAAGAAUGAUGAGCUUAAAGGACUUAAAAAGAAACGACUUCCAAAACCAAAACAUACAACAGUAAUUGUUUCAUUUAUUAUUAUUGCAAUAUUUUUGGUUUGUUCUGGAAUUUUCUAUCAGGAAAUGUUGACAAAUGUUGAAAGAGCAAAUAUUGCCAUGCAAAAUGUUGAUAUUGCAUCUCUAAUGAUCAGAACAACCAAUAGAAUUACUCUGAGAUUGAAUGAAAUGUUUUCCUAUCUCAGUAUUCCACUAGGAAAAUCGGUAAAUAAUCCUGCUAUUGUUACCGCUUCUGUUAUUGCACAAUACAGAGCAGAUGUGAGAACAUUUACAACAACUGUACAAUCUCUAUUCUCUCAAUUAGUUUACGGAACUAACAGUACAAACUCAAUUAUUGGCAUUUACCCUAAAAUUGAUGAAAUGUUAAAGGGAGAUCCUACUUGUGAUAAUGUUACCUUAUUGUAUUGUGGAAGUUUGGAACAAAUGGUAUCAAUUUAUACUAUUUUGGGUGGAGGAAUGUCUGAAAACUUUUUCAAUCCAAUCUAUGCCAAAAACUCUAAAGAAGUGUUGAAUUAUCUUGUAAAAAUGUAUAAUAUGAACGAUAUGGUUUUCGAAAAGCUUGUUGAUUUCAUGGAUUUGUUGGUUACCUAUACUGGUCAAGCUAGUUUAUCAUCAACUAUUGGACUUUUUAUUGCUGGAUUGAUAGUCUUGUUAAUUUCCAAUUACACCAUGUAUUUAUCUAUUAUUACCUAUGACAGACAAGUUUCCAGUUUGAGAGGAAUGUUGAACUAUUUACCUUACGAGUGGAUUGAAUCGAAUGAAACUGUAAAGAAUUUUGUUUUCUAUAAUUCCUUGCCACUCGUUAAUCAAAGGAAUAAUUUAAAGAAGGGAAGUGAUACACUCAACAAUUUACUUCAUUCCAUGGUUGAUGGUGCAGUGCUUUCUAACGAGAAGGGAGAAAUUCUUCUAUUCAACACUGCAUGUCAAAGACUAUUCUCUAAAAUUCCUUCAGAAGUAAUGGGACUCAAAUUCUACUCAUUAUUUGAUAAGGCCAACGAAUCUAAAUUAAUAGACAUUGCCAGAAAUUGUAGAGAUUACCUUGUUGAAGGAGAGAACAAUAAGAAUGGUGAAGUUAUGGAGUUGAAUUGUAUCAGAAAGAAUCUAUCCACAUUCCCUGCACAAGUUAAUAUUUUCGUCACAAGAGAUGGUGAUAAUAAGGUUGUCAUUGUAUGCUUUAUCAAGGAUAUUACUACAGAAAAGAAGGCAAAUACAUUACUAAGUGAAGAAAAGAAGAAUUCUGAAAAGUUGUUGAGAAAUAUUCUACCAGAAUCUGUUGCAUUGAAAUUGAAGAGUGGUAACAGCUUUGUUGCUGAAAGAUUUAAUGAUGUUAGUGUAUUCUUUUCAGAUAUGGUUGGAUUUACAGCAUUAUCAUCGGAUAUGAAUCCAUCUGAUUUGAUAUUACUAUUGAAUAAUGUAGUGAAUGGAUUUGAUGAUUUGACUGACAAGUAUGAAUUGGAAAAGAUUAAAACUAUUGGAGAUGCAUACUUUUGUGUUGGAGGUUUACCAAUCAAUCCACAAUCUGAUCACCCUGAAAGAACGCUCCGAUUUGCUAUGGAUUGUUUUAGUGUAAUUAGAGGAUUCAACCAAGCUACAAAUGGAGAGAAGGUUAUCAAUAUUAGAAUUGGUAUUAAUACUGGAUCAGUUGUAGCUGGUGUUAUAGGAAAGAAGAAAUUUGCAUAUGAUCUGUGGGGAGAUACAAUCAACACUGCCUCCAGAAUGGAAUCUAACAGCAAGCCAGGGCGUAUUCAAAUUUCACGAUCAACCUAUGAAAGAGUGUACGAUUUAGGAUUUGAAUUUGAAGAAAGAAGUAUUGAUGUGAAAGGAAAGGGUGUAUGUACUUGUUACUUGAUGAAUGAAAGGUAUCACGAUAAUCCACUGGAUAUUCAAGUUGUUGGUAAUAAUACUGUUGUUCCACCUGUGGCUUCCGAGAAUCCAAUCAUGACAGCCUUGUCUGAUGACCAGACUUCAUUGACACAAUAA